AUGAGAGCAUCUCAAAUAUUGAACUUUCAGAGCACGGCAUCCAUCAAUUUAAGGAGACCUUGGCAAACUUUUAAAGAUGGUCAGCUUUGGUAUGGGUUUUCUAAGACAGGUUCCAAAAGACACCGUUUGACAACCAAACAAGGUAAUAAGCAUUACUAUAAAGGUACUGGUUCCUCUGGUAUUGGUAGCUGGACUUCAGAUGGUAGAUAUAUUCUUAAUUGGGAUAAAGUAAGAACUUUCGUUGUACCUACCACUUUGAAUUCUACGAAUUUGAAAGCCCUUGUUUCUCCAAGAACCCCAGAAAUCAAACAGCAGCUUGUGGGAUAUAAUGAUUCCUGGAAGAGUCCAGAAUUGGCAUUGGAUAAUAUAGUGAAUUUUGUUGAACAUGGAGAAAACUACAGUAACAUAGAUCUUGAAAAAGCUGAUUAUCUUGAAAGAAUCGUUAAUCCAAAGUUCGAAGAACAAAAGGAAAAAACCAGUGAAAAUUAG